UGUAGUAUUAGUAAGCUUGAUUCUACUCAUAUUUCUCGCUUCUGUUGGAGUCAUCUGUAGGAUUAGAAUUCAGUAUGUUGGAGAUAGUGCUGCUCUGGAGGAUACAGUACAACACGCUGUACAGAGAAACAAUGAUCUACAGCUCAAUUUAGAUAUCAGUUCUGAACCUGAUACUGCAUCCUCUCCCCGUCUCUCUUCACAUGGAGGAAUCAACUCUAGUCCAGACAAUGACAGAAAAAAUACACCAGGAGAGCUAAGAGAGAUGGGAUAUUCUGAAUCCAUCUUCUAUUCUACAGCCAGACCCCAUCAGACAGAAUCUAGAAUACCAAGCAGUUCAAACCUGACUAGGUCAUACAGUUCAACAAAUCUAAACUCAUGCUUGCAGAUUGCCACACCUCCUUACACCUGCAGAACACUUCCCCGUGGCGGUGGGCGGGGUAGCCUAGAGAACUUAUUACAGAUAAAUCCUGAGAAUAUGUAUCUACAACGUAUAAACUCAUCUUAUCCAUAUCCACCCAACCUUCAGCCAACGCUUCAACCCACCCCAUAUCAUCAGAUGCUCCCAGAUUCCUUUUUGGCUGGUGGAAAUCAACUGAGAAAUCCUUCACCAGGUGGCGGGGAGAUCCGGACCUGGGGAGAACCAGUUCUACCGGAGAACUACAGUGCAUUUCAAUACUUUCAAAAGGACCCUUUAAAUAACUAUGCGGGACAAAGACGAGCUGCCUUAACCCUGAAUCCUUUAAACUUCCAGCUUAGAUCAGAUCUCUCCCUUCCCCCUCCAAUCCUUCAGUAUCCUACUAGCAGCAUACCAAUCACCAAUCCAGAAGAGUAUAUUCCUUGCAGCUGUUCAUAUACGGGUAAUAUUUGGAUUGAACAAGAGGCAUUUCAUUCUAUGGAUAUUCAGAACCCUUAUACUUCAUACAACACAGAAAGUGAUACACAACCUGCCUUUAGUGAUACACAUGCUGCAGGAGAUACCAUCAACCAAGCUCAUUCUGUAUAUAACACGCAUAGCAAAGAACCAUCAGAAGAAGAUGAUGACGAUGAAAUGCCAAGAAAGCAUUCUUCUAGGUCUGUUAAAUUCUCAGAUCUUGAUACUGUAACUGAAGAAUAAUUAUUAGUUUUUAACUUUAUAAUUCUUAUUUGAGAUAUCCCUGUGUUUUCUUGACAAGUUCAAUAUUUUGGUUUAAUUAAAGAGAGAUUAAAAUCUCUCUUUCUUUUGUUAAACAUUUCUGAAAAGAAAUCUUAUAUUUAAAUAUAUGUAUUGUAAUAGAAUAUUUUAACUUUGUGAGUUUUAUCGUGAAA